AAUAAUAAUAAUAAUAAUAAUAAUAAGCAGCAGCUUUACAGUUCUUUAACUGCCGGAUCAUGGCAGUUAAAGCGGCGGUUAAACAGCAUCAAUUCUACAGCAGGAAGACAUUCUAUGCCGGUCUAGUCUAUCUAGCUGGACGUUGUUGGCAGCAUCCACACUGAGAGGAUGAUGGCGGAGGCCUGUAUCAAAAGGCGUUCGGUGACAAGUGGCAGGAAUGGGGCUUUUAAAACCUUUUUGGAUAAGGUGCUGUGUAGAACGGUCCCCACAAGCCAAGAAGAAAGGUCCUUAGAGGACAUGUACAUCCGUUCAAAGAGCUUAAUUGAGGAUGGAGGUGAAGAGGUAGAGGAAGGUGCAGUCUAUCAUGUCACCCUUAAGAGAGUAGAGAUUAAACAAGCUACUAGUAAAGCGGCAAAAUGGCUUGGGAUUGAGAGGGAUCAGUUGCCCCCAGAUCAUAGUGUUAGCCGAUGUGAGACGUGUAAGAUAAGGUCAAUCAAGGCUGGGACUCUGGAGAAGCUUGUGGAGAACCUACUGACAGCUUUUGGGGACAACGACUUCAACUACAUCAACGUAUUUCUGUCAACGUACCGAGGCUUUGCCUCCACAAAAGAAGUUCUGGAUUUGAUCCUUGACAGAGAUGGAAACCUGGAGAUCUCAAACUGUGAGGAAGAUAGAAGCCAGAACUCUCCUGAGAACAAAACCGGGCUCAGGACAGCCAUGGCCUCCGUUUUAAAAGCGUGGCUCGUCCAGUGCCCUGAAGACUUCCGAGGGCCACCCGAUCACCCUUGUUUGCAGAAACUCUUGGCUUAUCUGACACGGGUCAUGCCAGGGUCAGAACUUGAAGGAAGGGCACAAAACCUGUUGGAGAAAUUUCAGAAGCAAGAAGUCGCGAAUGGCGCGAUUUGUGACACCCUUGCCAAUGAGGAAGAACUGGAGACUGAAGGUUCAGAAGAUUUCUCCUCUUUUGCUGAAGACUUUGUGGCAGAACAGCUCACCUCCAUGGAUGCGGAACUGUUUAAGAGAGUGGUGCCCUAUCACUGCUUGGGCAGCAUUUGGUCUCAGAGGAACAAGAAGGAAAACAGCCAUUUGGCCCUCACCGUCAGAGCCACCGUUGCACAGUUCAAUGCAGUGACCCAGUGUGUCAUCCGAACCAUCUUGAAUGACAAAGAGUUGGACACCCAGCAGCGAGCCAAGAUCAUAGAGAAGUGGAUCACUAUUGCACACGAAUGUAGGAUCUUGAAGAAUUUUUCCUCCUUGAGGGCCAUUGUUGCAGCACUACAAUCCAACUCCAUCUAUCGGUUGAAAAAGUGUUGGGCCAGCGUCGCAAAGGACAGCAUGUUGAUGUUUGAAGAACUGUCAGAAAUAUUCUCAGAAUGUGACAACUAUUUGAUAAGCCGGGAGCUGCUUAUGAGGGAAGGAACAUCAAAAUUUGCAAAUUUGGACAGCAAUAGAAAAGAAAACCAGAAAAGGAUUCAGGGGCGACUUCAGCUGCAAAAAGAUAUGGGCGUAAUGCACGGCACGGUUCCUUACCUUGGGACCUUUUUGACCGAUCUGACAAUGCUCGAUGGGGCUCUACAGAACUAUGUGGAGGGGGGACUAAUAAAUUUUGAGAAGAGAAGGCGGGAGUUUGAAGUCAUUGCUCAGAUUAAGCUCUUGCAAUCCUCCUGUAACAGCUAUUGCAUGAAAACAGACAGAAGAUUCAUCCGGUGGUUCAAGAAAGAGCCAUAUUUAACCGAGGAAGAGAGCUAUACCCUUGCUCGCGAGAUUGACACAACGACCACGUCGGUACAACCACGGAAAGGCAUGGCAAAGGGAUUGAGAUGGUUAUUUCAGGGAUGUACAGGUCAUUCAGCAGUCGCAAAACAGCCUGUGAAAAGGUCCUCUGGAUGAUAGUUGACAUUUGGGUUCUAGCAAGCAAGAUGGAAGUGGUAUUACAAUGAGAGGAACAUUUUUACCAUUUGUCAGUAGGAUUGCUGUAAUUCCCAGAAGCAGUCCCAAUGAUCAGCAGUUCUGUUGGAUACAGAAACGCACAGUUAUGAAAUAAACGUAGAGCCAGGAGUAUAUUCACCAAGUUCAACAGCCAUUGCAGUGACAUAAUUCAACUUCUAGUUCCAAGGAAAUGGAUUUUAUAUUCUUCCUUAGCUGGCUUUUAAUGGCUUAAAUGUUAAUUAUUUAAAUGAUAGUUAUUUCAAUUACUUGUUUUAACUUGUGUAUUGUGUUUUGUAUUGUUUGUUUAUAUUUUUUACUUUGUUUUAUACAGGCAUUGAAUGUUUGUCUCUAUUAUGUGGAAAGCCACCCUGAAUAAAUAAAUAAUUCCUGUAAUACUACAAAAU